UGCAGCUGGAAAACAAAAACAACAAAAAAGUUGAGUGAAAUAUAAUACAUUAAAAAUACAUCAAAAACACUUAAUUCUAUGAAAUAAGAGUCAUUAGUCAACAAAAGCCAAGAAGCAACAUAAAGUAUGGCAUCCGCAACGGUAAGAAAUGUGCCGCUGCUCGACGAUGACACGAUACCAUUUGGCGAGGAGGACGAGAUGCGGGAUCCCAGUCAGGCGGGCCAGAAAUACACGCACCCAUACGUCACGUUCUUCCACCUGUUCUUCAGGGGAGCCGCCAUCGUGAUCUACAUGUUCUGCGGCUGGUUCAGUGACUCCUUCAUCACCAGCUUCGUGUUCGUGGUGCUCUUCCUUUCGGCUGACUUCUGGACGGUGAAGAACAUCUCCGGUCGGCUGCUGGUGGGCCUGCGCUGGUGGAACUACGUCGACGACGACGGCAAGUCCCAUUGGGUGUUCGAGUCGAAAAAUUCUUCUGAAUCCUUCAAGAGCCGCGUUAACAAGCACGAGCAGCGGGUCUUCUGGCUGGGCCUCAUCCUCUGCCCGGUGUUCUGGGGCCUCUUCUUCCUAAUGGCCCUCUUUGGGCUAAAGUUCAAGUGGCUGCUUCUGGUGAUGAUCGCGAUCGCGCUGAAUGCCGCCAAUCUAUACGGCUACAUCAAGUGCAACUACGGCGCUAGCAAGGAUCUCAACAGCGCCGCCACGGACUUUGUGAGGACGCAGCUGUUCAAGAACGCCAUGGACAUCAUGACCAAGCCCAGUAGCGCUCCGCCGCCAACCAAUGUGCGACCCACGGGUGUGGUUUGAGCGAAGGCGUUCCAAGCCAGAGUCUACUAAGUCACCCUUGCCACAUUGUCUGCUGCAGCGCAUUCCAAAGAGUAUCGGAUGCUUCUUCUGGCCCGGACCAACGAAUCCACCAUCAUCCCGGCAUCGCUGUCAUUGUGUAACAUAUGUAAAACUUAAUUUAGCCAUAUACUGCAAUCUAUUAUAAACUUUUCUUACUUUUAACUGGAUUAAAAGACCGCAUGUCUGCGUCUGUGACAUGUAGCCAGUAUUUAACUUUU